AUGAGCCCCGAGAGAGAAAAGAACGAGCUCAAGUCCCAAGGCGCCGUCGAGGCUGCUCGCGAUCCCAACAGCUCUGUCACCGGUGACGAUGCUGAGCGAGUCAUUUUGGACGAGAGCAGGAAGGCAGGAUCCGCGGUGCUGCAUUUUGAUCCGAAUGCCUCGCCAGAAGAAAAGGCCGCGCAAGCCAGAUCGCGGCUGAACGACACGCGUCGCCCACCCAAGGGCGUCGGAGUGGUGACUGAUGUGGACGAUGGAAAACCUGCCCCGUACGAUCUGCCUCCACCGGAAUCCAUUGCCGCUGCCGCGAAAGUAGAAGCCCCUACGACCCAAGCUGGCGCGGCAAAUGGAGUGGCCCCAGAAGAAGAACAAGAAUGGUCCAAGGUCGGGUGGGCUCCACGCUUCGGAUCUGGUGAGACCGAAGAAGACAAAGAAGGCAACCUAUUAGACCACCAGACGGCCCUCGAGGGGAGGCUGGAUGAGAAGUUCUUCGGUGAUUGGUAUCAUAACACGGCCGUCAUCAUAUUCGCCUGUAUAGCAUCAUGGCUCGUUGCGACCCUCGGUGGUGGCCUGGCAUGGGUCCUCCUCAUCAUGGCCACCUGCGGCACAUACUACAGAACCUCCAUUAGACGGGUGAGACGAAACUUCAGAGACGACAUCACUCGGGAACUGGGCAAAGCACGUCUAGAGACCGACACCGAGAGCCUUGAAUGGAUGAACAGCUUCCUGGUCAAGUUCUGGCCCAUCUAUGCUCCCCAGCUGGCCAAAGCCAUCAUCAUGUCAGUAGACCAGGUUCUGAGUACCUCGACGCCGGCGUUCCUCGACAGUAUGCGACUCGAGACUUUUAUCCUGGGCACCAAACCACCUCGCAUUGAGCAUGUCAAGACCUACCCGAGAGCCGAGGAUGAUGUUGUCCUGAUGGACUGGAAGUUCAGCUUUACUCCAACAGACACCAUGGAUAUGACUGCUCGUCAACUCAAGACAAAAAUCAACCCGAAAGUCGUCCUGGAAAUUCGAAUCGGCAAAGGGGUUGUCAGCAAAUCAAUGAAGGUCAUUGUUGAAGACUUCGAGUUCUCGGGCUUGAUGCGGGUCAAAAUGAAGCUGCAAAUUCCCUACCCGCACAUUGAGCGCGUAGACAUUUGUUUCCUCGGUCGACCGACAAUUGACUAUGUCUGCAAGCCUCUGGGGGGAGAAACAUUCGGCUUCGACAUCAAUUUCAUCCCUGGACUGGAGAGCUUUAUCAAAGAACAGAUCCACGGCAAUCUUGCACCGAUCAUGUACGAGCCGAAUGUGUUCCCCAUCGAGGUGGCCAAACUGCUAUCGGGCAACCCCAUCGAUCUAGCCAUUGGUGUUGUUGCCGUUACCAUUCAUAACGCAAAUGGAUUGAAGAAUCCUGACAAAUUCUCGGGCACGCCAGACCCUUAUAUUAUUGUCUCACUGAACAGCGCUAAGGAGCUUGCUCGCACCAAAACAAUUCACGAAGACCACAACCCUCGCUGGAACGAGACCUUGUACGUCAUCAUCACGAAUCUCACGGAUUCCCUUACCCUACAGGUCUACGAUUACAAUGAUGUGCGCAAAGACAAGCACCUCGGCACCGCUACGUUCGCCCUGGACCGACUGGAGGGCGCCAUCGAAUACGAAAACCUGGCUCUUGAUGUCCUUGCGAAUGGGAAGCACCGUGGAGUGGUCCAUUGUGAUGUUCGUUUCUUUCCUGUCUUGGAACCGGAGAAGCUCCAGACCGGGGAGAUUUUGCCACCGCCGGAAUCAAAUACUGGCAUUGCAAGAAUCACCAUCGAACAAGCCAAGGAUCUGGACGGAAGCAAGAGUUUGGUCGGGGCUUUGGAUCCUUACGCGGUGCUUCUUCUGAAUAGUAAGGAAAUCCAUGUCACGAACAAGCUCAAGCACACCAACAACCCCGUAUUUUCGGGCAAUACCAAGUCAGUCCUCAUCACGGAUCGCAAGAAAGCUAGGAUCGGAUUGGCGAUUAAAGAUAAUCGCGACCUUGCCGCCGAUCCAAUCUUGGGCACUUUCCAAAUCAAACUGGACGAUAUGCUCAAACUUGUAGACAAAGGACAGGAGUGGUUCACUUUGCACGGGACGACGACCGGAAAAGCAAAGAUGAUGCUCGACUGGAAACCGGUUGCAUUGAAGGGCGCCACUGGAUCUGGCGGCUACAUCACCCCGGUUGGUGUAAUGCGCAUUCACAUUCAAAGUGCAAAGAACCUUCGGAAUUAUGAGACAAUGGGCAAAUCGGACCCAUAUGCCAGGGUCUUGCUGUCAAGUAUCCCCAAGGGUCGGACAGUAACAUAUCAGAACGAACUCAAUCCUACUUGGGAUGAGGUCAUAUAUGUUCCGAUGCACACACCUUCUGAGCGGCUGAUACUUGAGGUAAUGGACGAAGAAAAGCUUGGAAAAGACCGUUCUCUGGGCUUGGUCCAAAUUGCUGCUUCAGACUACAUGAAAGAGGCCGAGGAAGGUGGAUACGAAGUCCAUGACACCAAGACCGUACUGUCUGAAGGGUUGCGGAUGGGAGGUGCAGGCGAAGCGAAGGGCACCAUCAACUACAGCGUUUCAUUUUUUCCGACUUUGAGUGUGAUAGAUCCAGAAGAUGAAGAGGAAGAGCAAAAUGCCCAAGCAGCACUUGAAGCGCCUGGAGCGCCCGCUGGAACACCAACCCACAGCAAGAAAUCAUCCGUUGAUGUCAAGUCCUCAACUGAGAUAGCAAGGCCUAAUGUCGAAGGCCGGAAGAGCUUGGAAACUGCUGGCAGGCUUGGCGCUUUGACAAAUGGAGCGGUGUCUAUCAACAGCUCUAUCGCUUCGGCCAGAAAGCAGGCACCCAAAAUUAAGAUCACUCCAGAGGAUCUCCACAAAUACGAAUCUGGUCUCAUCGUCUUCAACAUCAUCGAAGGACAUUUUGCUCGAACUGACGUAAGGCUCGAGGUAUUGAUGGAUGACCAGGCUUUCCCGGCUUAUACGUCAUCAAAAAUUCGAGACCGAGACCACCACUUCGGUGAGACUGGCGAUGCCAUGGUUCGUGAAAUUGAAAUGUCUCGAAUCACACUCCGGUUGACCGAAAAGGUCGACCGGACCGGCAAGGGAGACGAGGACGAUAUCAUUGCUAAGUUGACUGGCCCUACUCUCCCGACUUUACAACAGUCCUUGUACAAGCCCACCGAACUUACAAUGAGGAGCAACAAUGGGGCUAUAAGCAAAGUGGUGGUCAGCCUCAAAUAUCUGCCGGUAAAAAUGCAACUUGAUCCCAGCGAGAGCAUCAACAACAUGGGCACUCUCCGAGUCGACGUGAUGGAUGCGGCCGAUCUUCCGUCGGCCGAUCGUAAUGGCUACAGUGAUCCGUACUGCAAAUUCAGGUUGAAUGGUAAAGAAGUGUACAAGACCAAGAUUCAGAAGAAGACACUCCAUCCUGCCUGGAACGAAUUUUUUGAGGUGCAGAUUCCAUCUCGCACGGCAGCCGAUUUCAAGGUGGACGUUAUGGAUUGGGAUUUUGGUGACAAAGCCGACCAUUUGGGCUCUGCAACACUGAACUUGCAAGUUCUGGAACCUUUCCAACCACAAGAGCUCUCUUAUGCGCUUGACGGAAAGUCGGGGGUUCUUCGGCUUAGAAUGUUAUUCAAGCCCGACUACGUUACUCGGGUGCGACAAGGGACAUCGACCUUCUCAGGCACCUUUGCGCCCGCAGGAAAGGUGAUUGGUGCCCCCGUCAGAGGUGUCGGUAAGGUGGGCGGCGGUGUGGUGAAGGGAGCUUCAUUCAUCAAACACGGCUUGACUAGAGGGCGAAGCAGCAAGGAAGAUGCAGCCUCAACUACCACCAACGGAAUGCUGGAGACUGCGGACACCGCCCUGACGCCAACGAUGACCCCGGCCAAAGCCUCUCCCCUGGUCGACGGAAGCGCGACUCCUGUGACCCCACUCACGCCAUCACCUAUGAUGCACUCGCGCAGCAAGAGCAAUUACUCGACCAUAACGGCUCACAAAGGGGGUGAGACGGGAACAGCCAGUUUCAUUGUCGUCUCGGCCACCGGAUACCCUCCUAAAGCCGAUGUUCAGGUUGUCAUCAAGAUGGUAGGAUCCAAAGGGGCCAAAGACGUGCACAAGACCAAGGCCAUCAGGUCAUCCUCAGGGACAGUGGAAUAUGACGCGAACCACGAAAAUUUCAAGGUGCCGUGCUCGGCGGACACACAGUUUCAGGUGCAGGUGCGAGAUCACGACAUGCUCCGAUCCAAAGACCUCGGCGAGGCCCUGUUCUUUGUGUCUGACCAGGGCGGGGGAUCUGAUCAAGUGGUCAAGGCCGGGUCAGGCACGGUCACGAUCCGCAGCAGUUUCGCAGCUAGCAACGGAGUUGCGUCCGAAAACCUGAGGCCAGUUACGAGCGGCGGACGGGACAGCCCGGACUCGAAGCGAGACGCACGACGAAGUUUCUUUUCGAGGAGAGAUGUCAGUGGCAAACAUGAGGGAUCCUGA